CUCCGUGCGUUCCCGACGUUGGAAGCUUCAGCGAUCAGCUAUCGCCGUGGAUUGGGAAGCGAGAUGACAUAAUGGCGAUGGUGCGCUUUGGUCGCUGCUUUCACUCUACUGUUCCUUCUCAUUCGAGCUAUGGGGAAACCUCUCAGAUCAAUGCGGGACAAUUUACGGAGAUGGCAUGGGAGGGGAUCAUUGGUGCAAUAGAUGCAGCAAAGGAGUGCAAGCAACAAGUAGUGGAGUCUGAGCAUUUGAUGAAGGCUCUUUUAGAACAGAAGGAUGGUUUGGCAAGAAGAAUAUUCACCAAAGCAGGAAUCGACAACACAACGGUUUUGCAAGCUACGGAUCAGUUUAUUUCAGGGCAGCCCAAGGUUACUGGUGGCACUAGUGGGCCAAUAAUUGGUUCAAGUUUCAGUAAUCUCUUGGACAAUGCCAAAAAGCAUAAGAAAGAUCUGGGUGAUGAUUUUUUAUCAGUUGAACACUUUAUCCUAGCAUUUUACUCAGAUAAGAGAUUCGGUGAGCAGCUCUUCAAGAAUCUCCAGCUUUCUGAGAAGGCAUUGAAGGAUGCUGUAUCAGCUCUACGUGGAAACCAAAGAGUCACUGAUCAGAAUCCUGAAGGAAAGUACCAGGCACUAGAUAAAUAUGGAAAUGACUUGACGGAACUUGCGAGGCGUGGAAAACUGGAUCCCGUCAUAGGUCGGGAUGAUGAAAUACGGCGUUGCAUCCAAAUAUUAUCUAGGAGAACAAAAAACAAUCCCGUUAUCAUUGGUGAGCCUGGUGUUGGUAAAACUGCUAUAGCUGAAGGAUUAGCUCAGCGUAUUGUGCGAGGCGAUGUUCCUGAACCUUUGCUGAAUAGAAAGCUUAUCUCAUUGGAUAUGGGUUCACUGCUUGCUGGGGCAAAAUAUCGUGGUGACUUUGAGGAGAGAUUGAAAGCUGUGCUAAAAGAAGUCACCACCUCAAAUGGUCAAAUAAUAUUGUUUAUCGAUGAAAUCCACACGGUAGUUGGUGCAGGAGCUACUGGUGGAGCAAUGGAUGCUGGAAACCUGCUUAAACCGAUGUUAGGUCGGGGAGAGCUUCGUUGUAUUGGUGCAACAACAUUAACUGAAUACAGGAAAUACAUUGAAAAGGACCCUGCUUUGGAGCGUAGAUUUCAACAGGUUUAUUGUGGUCAGCCUUCUGUUGAAGAUACCAUAUCCAUACUCCGCGGACUUCGUGAACGCUAUGAGUUACAUCAUGGUGUUAAAAUAUCAGAUUCUGCUCUUGUUUCUGCUGCGGUCUUAUCUGAUCGAUAUAUUACGGAGCGUUUCUUGCCUGACAAAGCCAUUGAUCUUGUUGAUGAAGCAGCUGCAAAGCUGAAGAUGGAAAUAACAUCCAAGCCCACUGAGUUGGACGAAGUAGAUAGAGCUGUAUUGAAAUUGGAGAUGGAAAAGCUAUCGUUAAAGAAUGAUACUGAUAAAGCAUCCAAAGAACGCCUUAGCAAGCUGGAUGCUGACCUUGAUUUUCUGAAACAAAAGCAGAAGGAUCUCGGACAGCAGUGGGAGCAUGAAAAAACUCUAAUGACCAAAAUACGGUCCAUUAAAGAAGAGGUUGAUAGAGUGAACUUGGAGAUGGAAGCAGCUGAGAGAGAGUAUGACUUGGCUCGAGCUGCUGAGCUCAAGUAUGGUACCUUGAUUUCUUUACAGAGACAGCUAGAGGAGGCUGAAAAGAACCUUGCUGAAUUCCAAAAGUCAGGCAAGUCCCUGCUUCGAGAGGAAGUAACAGAUCUUGAUAUCGCUGAAAUCGUCAGCAAAUGGACUGGUAUUCCAAUAACCAAUCUUCAGCAAUCAGAGAGAGACAAACUCGUUUCUCUAGAGCAAGUCCUCCAUAAGCGAGUUGUAGGUCAGGAUAUUGCAGUCAAAUCAGUGGCCGAUGCCAUCCGCCGAUCUAGGGCAGGGCUCUCUGACCCCAACCGCCCGAUAGCAAGCUUCAUGUUCAUGGGUCCUACAGGUGUUGGCAAGACUGAGCUGGCCAAAACCCUUGCUGGUUACCUCUUUAACACUGAGAAUGCUCUUGUAAGAAUUGACAUGAGUGAGUACAUGGAGAAGCAUGCAGUGUCUCGGUUAGUUGGGGCCCCACCGGGCUAUGUUGGAUAUGAAGAAGGGGGGCAGCUCACUGAAGUGAUUCGAAGGAGGCCAUAUUCUGUAGUCCUCUUCGAUGAGAUAGAGAAGGCUCAUCAUGAUGUGUUCAAUAUUCUUUUGCAGCUGUUGGAUGAUGGAAGAAUUACUGAUUCUCAGGGGAGGACCGUUAGUUUUACGAAUUGUGUUGUUAUAAUGACAUCAAAUAUCGGGUCACAUUUUAUUUUGGAGACUCUUCGGAACACUCAGGAUAGCAAGGAAGCAGUUUAUCAGCUGAUGAAGAAACAGGUGGUGGAGCUCGCCAGGCAAACUUUUCGUCCUGAGUUUAUGAACAGGAUUGAUGAAUAUAUCGUGUUCCAGCCUCUGGACACCAAAGAAAUUAACCGAAUUGUUGAGAUCCAGCUGAACCGGCUGAAGGACAGGCUCAAGCAAAAGAAGAUUGAUCUCCAUUUCACCCAAGAAGCAGUCGAUCUCCUUGGCACCCUUGGUUUCGAUCCAAAUUAUGGAGCAAGACCAGUGAAGAGAGUUAUACAACAAAUGGUGGAGAAUGAAGUGGCUCUUGGAGUUUUAAGAGGAGACUUUAAGGAAGAGGAUUCGGUGAUUGUGGACGUCGAUCUUUCUCCAGCAUCGAAAGACGUUCCUCAAAAUAAACUGGUUAUCAGAAAAAUAGAAAGCGAAUCCCUUGGAGAUGAAUUGCUUGCAAAUGACUAGAACACUUUUGAGGUAUAUACGUUAAAAUCUUCCUUUUUUUUUAUUGUUCUCUGGUCCUUCGCGUUGAGUCUCAUGACAAAUUUACUUGUAGACUGUUGUAUCUGACCUGUUUCAAUAAACCUAAGUUACAUGUAUAUAUCAUCUUUUG